AUGAAAGAUCGCCGAAAAUUUCCGCCAUUAAUACUGUCAGAAAGAGCGGCAACUGCAGCAGUGGCACCUAAAGGCAACAACUUUACGUCCGAGCGUAGGAAGCAGGAGCCGACCAUCACGGAAGCUUUGCUGAUUUCGGGUGAGAGAGUUCUGGAGUUUGAGUGUAGCCGUCUUAAGCUGAAGCAAAAAACAGUUCGAGUCUAA